UCGGCCAAAUCGAAACGGUCACUCUGAAUGUCUUGACGCCUUCGCAGCCGCCAUUCGUUGAAAAAGUUAAAUCCUUUAAAAGCGCGCAGAAAACUUGUAAAACCAUUCUAUCGAAUAGGUUGUAAAAGCCAAUGCUCUAUUGUGAAAAAAGUUCAAAGCCAUCAAGUUGUUAAUUAUAUAAAAACAAGGCGACCGACCGGCAUUUCUCCUUCCGUUUAAAGAUUGCAUCAGUGUGGGUGUCAAGGAGCGAGAGAGAAAGCGUGAAAGCCGACCCAGGAAGCUCAAGUUCCAGUGGUAAAUCAUCCGAAAGGUGUUAAUUGAAGUGGGAGAAAUUGCGUGACUUGGCUGCCGUCCACUCACCCACACACAGUCAUUUGUACGCCGCCACACGCACACACGCGCAGAGCCGCUUCUACUAACUGGUGCCAGGAGAGGAAGGGAAAAGAGAGAGAAAAUAGCCAUGGCCGAGCCAAGGACGCCCGAGAAGCUGCUGACCGCCAAGCCGCCGGUCUUCCAUCACAAUAGCCACAGCCCGAACGCCUCGCUGCAGCUACCCAGUCCCAUCAUAACGCGGCGCACACGCACGGCCUCGACCUCCGCUCGGGCAAUGGAAAACCCCAUGGUGACCGGCGUGGUGAAAUCCUUCAGCCGCACCAAAGGACACGGCUUUAUUACACCCAGCGCCGGUGGCGAGGACGUUUUCUGUCAUGUUUCCGACAUCGAAGGAGAAUACGUGCCCAUGCCAGGGGAUGAGGUCAAAUACCGUCUGUGCGCCAUUCCACCCAAGUACGAGAAGCACCAGGCGGUGCACGUGCAGAUUAGCAACCUGACGCCUGAGGUGCACCACAAAUGGGAGGAGCCGGUCUUUGGAUCAUCGCCGGCCAAGUAAAGCGGUAGGCAGGAAGCGAAGAACACGGUUAAAAGCUAAACGGCCUUCCACGAAAUUUAAUUGAGCUGGAGCACGCCACACCAGAUGAGCGAAAUGAAAAACAAACAGAGAGUUGAACAGUAAACCAUGAAACGAUGAAAGUAAAUGAAAGCCCAGACCAGAACAAACAGAAUAACAAGCCUGCCCUCCUCCAUCCAGCCUGCAGAAGAGUUUCAAUUGAACCCUUAAUUAGAAUUUAAGCUUAACGAUAGAAAUCGAACAGAACCCAGUCACAAAAUAUUGCAUAUUCCCUCUAGAAGAGGAGCGAGAGCAAGCAAAAACCAGUUUUGUCUUUAUUU